AUGAGAGUGAAGAGGCCGAGCGAGAGAAAGACUUUGCUCUCAGUGAUCUGCUGCACUGAGGGUGAACGAAUCCAAAAAGAGAUAGGCGUUAUCAGAGGAGACACAGUUCACAUGCAUGAAAAGACAAGUCCUUCCGGCUCUGUAGAGAAGAUCGAGAAACUGAUGAAGAAGAAGAGGUCUGGGCUGUUCCUUUCAGUGACCAAGGAAAGGCACCUUGUUAUUGGGCGUGCCUUCAACGACGAGCUCAUAGACAUGGUUGAGUUCAAGAUAAACAGGUACUUGUCUGUGUCUGACUUCGAAUGUGCCGGUCCGGAGUUGCACAUGAAGUAUUUUGUGGUUCUGCAGAACAUCAACAACAGCCGGCUGGAGAAUCUUGUGGUGGAUUUCUUCAACAUGAAAAGCAGCAAAGUCUGCUUGGAAAGCGUCAGAUACUCUUGGGUUUUUGCGAGGACAGAAGAGGGAUAUGUGCUGAAAUAUGUAAGGGUUCUGAAGGAUCUUAGCGUCGAAGACUGUGGGCCUCUGCUUGAGAUGGAGCUUGUUCGGAGCUACCAUUGCAGCGAUGAGCUCUACAAAAAGUCGCUGGGUGAGCCAAGCAAGCCUAGAAAAAAUACAGCCAAGAACCUGUUCAGCGACAGGAUAGGGACACUCCACAUAGACAAGCAGGAUCUCAGGGACAUCAGACUCAAAAAGAGCAGGGGAUACAACGGUGUUUCUAGCUGGAGUUAG